AUGGACAGUGAAGCCAGCGACCUUCUGAACGAGCUGCAGGUGAAACUCAACAGCGUCCUGGAUGAUCUGAGCAGCACGUUUGGAAACAGUUUCCAGAGUCAAAUGCGUGAGUGUAUGCGGCAAAUGGCGUCGCUGCUGUAUCAGAUCAAAGGGCCACUCAACGACAACACCAAGAACCAAGUGGAGGCGGACUCGGACAACAUGCUCCGACCGCUUAUGGACUUCCUGGAUGGAAAACUGACGCUGUUUGCCACCGUGUGUGAGAAGACGGUGCUGAAGCGAGUCCUGAAGGAGCUGUGGAGAAUCGUGAUGACGAGUCUGGAGAAGAACAUUGUGCUGCCGCAGGGAAACGACACCUUUGGAGCACAGAUCCUAUCCGCUGCCAAAGAACUGGGCCAGCUGUCCAAACUCAAGGAUCACAUGGCUGGAGAGGCCAAGAGCUUGUCUCUGCGGCAGUGCGCCGUCAUGGAUGUGGCCCUGGACACCAUCAAGCAAUACUUCCACGCUGGAGGGAACGGUCUGAAGAAGGCUUUCCUGGAGAAGAGUCCUGAGCUGUCGUCGCUGCGUCACGCUCUGUCCUUGUACACACAAACGACCGACACACUCAUCAAGACGUUUGUGAGCAGCCAACACGCUCAAGUGCACAAUGGAAAGGGCAUUAGGUUUACUCCCAAUGAAAAGAUACAGCCCAGCAGAGGCUCCUGUGUGGACAAACCCAUCGGUGAAGUGUGCGUCCACAUAGAGCUCUACACUCAUCCAAAGAGCGGCGAGCGCAAAGUCACUGCCAAAGUGGUGGGAGCCAGUGACCUGAAGUGGCAAACUUCUGGAAUGUUCCGUCCUUUUGUGGAAAUCACGAUGAUUGGACCUCAUCUCAGCGACAAGAAGCGCAAGUUCCAGACCAAGUCCAAGAACAACAGCUGGUCUCCCAAGUUCAACGAGACUUUCCACUUCAUUCUCGGAAAUCAGGACGGCUUCGAGUGCUACGAGCUGCAGCUGUGUGUGAAGGACUACUGUUUUGGGCGUGCGGACAGCGUGGUGGGCGUGGCUGUGGUUCAGCUCAGGGACAUAAAGGGGAACUGCGCGUGCUGGUGUCCACUGGGCUACCGCCUUCACAUGGACGACACAGGACUCACCGCCACCAGGAUCCUGUCGCAGCGCUCCAACGACGACGUGGCCAAAGAGUUUGUUCGCCUCAAGUCGGAGACGCGCUCUGCAGAGGAGGGCACAUGA